AUGAACAUUGAGAAUGCCGACUAUGAAAACAGUGGCUGUCAUAACACCAACAAUAUAAAAAUGAAAUCCACACUGAGCAAAGAGUCUGAUGGAAUGAACUAUGGACACAUGGUGGCAAUACAGCAGCAUAGGAUGGCAUGGCAACACAGCAGAAAUAUAAUGUCAACCAGAUUGUCACUUGAGAUGUAUAUGCAGAUCAGUGCUGUGACAUUUGCUGUUGAAGAAAUAAAUCAAGAUUCCCUGAUAUUACCAAACAUCACCUUGGGAUUUCAGAUUUUUGACUCUUGUUAUUCGGAGGCACGAGCACUACAGGGAGCUAUAUGGAUGCUAUCUGGCCGGAAAAGAUCUGUCCCCAACUACAGUUGCCAGUCUCACUCACCUGUAGCAGGGAUUGUUGGAGAUUAUACCUCAGCAAAUUCUAUACCUCUGGCAAGGAUUUUGGGUCUGUACAGGUAUCCUCAGAUUAGCUCUGGGUCCAUGUCAGACAUCCUUAGUGAUAAGUUACAAUUUCCAUCAUUUUUGCGCACAAUCCCCAAUGGAAAUAUGGAAGAUUUAGCAAUAACCAAGUUAAUAAUGUAUUUUGGAUGGUCUUGGACUGGAAUUAUUGCAUCAGAAGAUGAUUAUGGUCAGAUUGGCAGUCAGAACUUAAAAAAAAAGAUUUCUGAAGCUGGUGGAUGUGUUGCGUUCCUGGAGACCAUUUCAAAGAUUAACUUUCAGAGAAAGAUUCCCAGUAUAGUUGAACUUGCUAAUAAUUUUUCGCUUCUGCAUUAUGUCAAGAAAGUCAACUUUAGGAACAAAGCAGGACAAGAAGUGCUUUUUGAUGACAAUGGAGACCCACCAGCUAUUUAUGGCUUUGAUAAUCAGCAGAUGUUCCCUGAUGGUACCAUACAUUGUGAAUGUAUUGGCAACAUAGACCUAAGUUCGACAAAGAAUGAAGGAAUAAACAUCAAUAAUAGUGCUAUUAUGUGGAAAGAUGGUUAUGGGAAGGUUCCACGUUCAGUUUGCAGUGAACCCUGUCCUUCUGGAUACAGAAAAGCCUCUCGUCCUGGAGAGCCAAUCUGCUGCUUUGACUGUGUACCCUGCUCCAUGGGGGAGAUCACAAACCAUACAGGUGCCAAUGAUUGUAUGAAGUGCCCUGAAUAUCUGUGGUCAAAUUCCAAGCGGGAGAAAUGCGUUCCCAAAGUCACUGACUUCCUCUCAUUUGAAGACUCCCUUGGUUCAUCAUUAGCUGGCCUGUCUCUCACUGGUUCCUUCAUUACGUUAUCUAUCCUUUGCAUCUUCAUUCGGUUCCGGAACACCCCGAUAGUUAAAGCCAACAACCGGGAGGUCAGUUAUGUUCUGCUAAUCUCACUCUUACUGUGUUUUCUCUGUUCUUUGAUAUUCAUUGGACAUCCCAUGAAAACUACCUGCCUCCUUCGACAGUCAGCGUUUGGUGUCAUAUUUUCUGUUUCCAUUUCAUCUGUUCUGGCCAAAACUCUCAUUGUUGUUAUUGCCUUUAAUGCUACUAAACCAUCCAGUAAUCUAAAGAAUCGGGUGGGGUCAAGGAAGAUACCCAGCUCCAUCAUUGUUUCCAGUUCCAUGCUGCAAAUUAUUAUAUGUAUAAUCUGGUUGUCUUCUGCUACCCCUUUCCCUCAGAACAAUAUGAACUCUGUACCUGGGAAAAUAAUAAUUGAGUGCAAUGAAGGUUCUGCUGUUAUGUUCUACUGCAUGCUGGGAUAUCUAGGAAUCUUAUCAGGUAUUUGCUUCGUUGUUGCAUUCCUUGCAAGAAGUUUGCCUGAUAGGUUUAAUGAAGCUAAAUACAUUACAUUUAGCAUGCUUGUGUUUAUUAGUGUCUGGUUGUCCUUUAUCCCAGCAUACCUAAGCACUACAGGAAAGACUAUGGCUGCAGUGGAGAUUUUUGCAAUCCUGGCUUCUACUACUGGACUGAUCAUUUGUAUAUUUAUGCCAAAAUGUUACAUUAUUCUGCUUAGACCGGACAUGAAUACAAGAGAAAAGGUAACUGGAAACUAA